AUGAGUUCUUAUUAUGUGGAUGGUCUUCUUAGUAAAUAUACGUCGACUAGUUCUCUGUUCCCAAACGUACAGCGCGCUUCCUGCGGUAUUGGACCCGGUGGAGGUGGAGAGGACCGGGGCUCGACUCAGGCUGCUGCGGCCAUUGCGUUCCCACCGUCCGUGUCUGGAGUUUACGGGAUCGGUAACAGUGUGUACCAGAGCCAUCCGCUGUUCCCCUCAGGCUAUGGCCGCAGGCAGGACUCCCACUGCGGUCCGCUGUUCCCCGACAGCUGCUGCCAUCCUGGGCCGGGACUCCUCACUGCGUCUCCGGAUAAACAGUACCGGAUGUACCCCUGGAUGACACCAUCAGAUCCAAACAGAAGGCGAGGGCGGCAGACCUACUCCAGGUACCAGACCUUGGAGUUGGAGAAGGAGUUCCACUUCAACCGGUACCUGACCCGAAGGCGGAGGGUCGAGAUCGCCCACACCCUCUGCCUCUCAGAGAGACAGAUCAAAAUCUGGUUCCAGAACCGCAGGAUGAAGUUGAAGAAAGACCAAAAGGACAAACUGGACUCCAUCACCGGGGAAAAACACGGUGGCAUCCAGAUCCAGGCGGAUUCCCGGGCCGGUCCGGAACCAGAAAAGGCUGCAAAGGAAUAA